AUGUUAACACCGAUCAUUUUCGUUGUUCUCUGUUCUCCAAUAAGUGGUAACUUGAUCAAAUAUGAGGUGACAUUUUUGGACCCAGAAUUAAAAGAAAAUUUGUCAGGGAACGUUAUAAGCGUUGACAACAACAUCUUCAAGGUAACUGUUUUAGAAAAUUUGCCAGAACUUCGCAAUGGUAUGCUAAACAUAACAGACCUCCAUUAUUUGACAGUAAAUAACGUCAACUUACAAUAUAUGGAAACAGGAGUGUUUGAUAAUCAAAAUAUUAGCCACAUUUCGAUUGCGGGUAACAAGCUGACUAAAAUCCAGUCGAGGAUUUUCGACAGUCUUUCAACAGAAACCCUGAAUUUAAGUGAGAAUCAAAUCGAUUUCAUUGAAGAAGGAGCGUUCAGAAACAUGUUGAAACUGUGUCACCUGAUAUUAUCACGCAAUAAGCUUACACGAAUUAGUUCUAGUUAUUUUGACAACACUCCCAACAUAAUUGUGUUCGACAUCAGUUUUAAUCAAAUAACGAAAAUUGAAGAAGGAUGUUUUAGCUUUCUGGCAGAAGAUUAUCUCAUUAUUACUAUCGGAAACAAUGCAGUUGAGGAAAUUCACCCGAGAGGAUUUGAAAACUUGAACAUAACAGAGCUUGUUCUCAGCCAUAAUUUAAUUCGGAACGUUCCAGAAGAACUAGUUACUAGAAACAAGAUCACGAUAUUGCAACUGGAUUAUAAUCAGAUACGAGAUUUUCCAGAUACUUUUUAUGCGGAGAUGAAUUCAACUAUAGAAGCACUCAUGAUAAGUUUUAACCCUCUUAAAUGUCAAGUGGUGGAAAAAAUAAUGGAAUUUUCGGAAAAAGUCAUAGGGCCUUUUUGUUUUUCAGAUGAAGAUUGUUUUGAGACUUGUCAAGAAAACUAA